AUGGCCUGUCAGACGUGCCGCUCACAGACAAGGAGUAUGCUGCGCUCAGCCCUCCGCAACGGCGUCGCCGCUCCUUCUCCUGCCGCGCAAAAAGUCGCCACAGCCGCCGCCGCCGCCGCCGCCACGAGACAAGCGACGAUGACGACGACAAUAACAACAACACCAUCAGUGCGGAGCUUCAGCAGCUCAUUACCACGCCGCAUUCUCGGCCUCCGGGACUCGUACCGCGUCGUCGGCGCCUCGGAGCGCUUGUUCAAAGUCUGCGCCAAGCCAGCCGACUACCGCAUCACAGACGAAGAGCGCAAACAGGAUCUCGUCCAGAAGCGCGACGACGGCGAGGAGAUUGGCAAGGCCAACGACCCCGACAACGUAUGGAACAAGACGUUGGGCCUGCAACCGUCGUUCAGCACGUGGUCGCACGUCACCAUGCUGCACCUGUACCUGAUUAACGCGCGCCUGCGCUGCUUCGAACGCGACGAGUACCGAAACUGGUCGCAGCAGAUGAUUGACCACUUCUUCUUUGAGUGCGAGAAGAAGAUGCACCUCGACCACAACAUCACCUCGAGCGCGCUGCGCCAGCGCUAUCUCAAGGACAUCUUUGUCCAGUGGCGCGGCCUGCUCCUCGCUUACGACGAGGGGCUCGUCAAGGGCGACGCUAUCCUUGCGAGCGCCGUCUGGCGCAACCUGUUCAAGGGCGACCCGGACGCCGACCCCCGCGCGCUCGUCGCCAUUGUCGGCUGGAUACGCUCGAGCCUGUCGGCGCUCGAGGGCACCUCGGACAUGACGUUUCCGCAGCAGGCGGCUGAGAUUUUGGAGAAACCGGUCGAUGUGUUUUGGACGAGGCUCGAGGCGCCGUUUCUGAGCGACCAGGGCGACAAUGCGCAGAGGCCGCAGCAGACCAAGGCCAAGGCUGCCGCUGCUCUGUAG